GUCAGCCAACGUCUUGACGAUAGGUGUCCUUUCCGGGUAAAGAUGCCGUUUUGUUAGAUAUCGUUUCGCAUGCGUUCGAAUGAUCCGGAGCAAACCUUACUUUGACAUGCGUUUUCGCGUUAUCAGUAGAGCUAGAUUGGUGCUGUUUGAAAAAAACAGUGUCUUGAAAAUGUUUCAGUAGUCAUCCAAAACAAGAGAAGAAAAUCCAGUAAAAUGGCAGAAUCAAAUAUAGAAUCAGAUGGAGAUAAAAGGAAACAGUUUGGUAACAGAUUGCUUACAGAUUCCAAAAAUGUAUUUGAGCAUAAUGCAUGGGAUAAUGUGGUGUGGGAUGAAGAACAGGAAAAACAAGCUAGAGCAAAAACUGAAGAACAGUUAGCCAACCCAGCUACUAAAGAAGAUAUAGAGAAAUUCGAAAAUGAUGCCAAUGAAUAUUGGAACAAAUUUUAUGGAAUACAUGAGAACAAGUUCUUCAAAGACAGGCAUUGGUUGUUCACAGAGUUUGCAGAAUUAGCACCGGAAUCAUAUCUUUCUGCCGACAAAUUGUCAGAACUUUCUCUCCUUAGUUCUAAUAAGGAGAUAUGUAGAAAAAUUGUUGAUGUUCGGAAAAAAGAUUGUGACACAAAUAGUUCACAUAGUGUAUCUGACAAUGAUGGGAAUCAUGACAGUUCACAGACAAAUUUGUCAGAAUCUGACAACAGUAAAAUGAAUAAUCAGUGUGGAAGUUGUUCAGGGAAUGUUGAGAGUGGGAGGGAUGAUAUUGUAACAGAAAAUGGGGCAGAAACAUUUCCAGGAGAAAACGCUAAAUACAGAAUGUUGGAGGUUGGAUGUGGGGUAGGAAACACUGUGUUCCCAAUAUUACAGGCUAAUAAUGACCCUGACCUGAUGGUUUAUUGUUGUGACUACUCCUCCACAGCCAUUGAUCUUGUGAAGGAGAACAAGGACUAUGACAAGAGACGUUGUCAUGCGUUUGUCUGUGAUAUAUCUGACCCAUCUGCUCCUGUACCUUUCCCUGAGGGCAGCCUUGACAUUAUCAUCAUGAUCUUCAUUCUCUCCGCCAACAAUCCUGACAAAUUUCAGGCAAUAAUUAACAGACUAGCAAGUUUUCUUCGACUAGGGGGCACCAUCUUGUUCAGGGAUUAUGGUAGAUAUGAUCUGGCACAACUCAGGUUUAAAAAAGGUAGAUGUUUAGCGGACAAUUUUUAUGCGAGGGGCGAUGGUACACGGGUGUAUUUCUUUACUCAAGAUGAGAUGAGGGAAAUGAUGACAAAAGCUGGACUUGUAGAGAAACAAAACUUGGUAGAUAGACGAUUACAAGUAAACCGUGGUAAACAACUCAAGAUGUAUCGUGUAUGGAUACAGUGUAAAUAUACGAAACCAGAAAAAACAGACUCAAAUGUGGAGAACAGAUGAUGUUUAAUGACUAUAUUAACUAUAUAAGAAAUUAAAAGAGUCUUAAUUAUUGAUAAUGUACAUGUAUAUUGAUAAAGUGUUUAUUA